AUGGAAUCUGAAAGCUCAUUGAAACAUCUUCAGGCCAGCAGUAAGACUGAAACAAUGCUACAGUCAGACAUCCUGAGGUUAAAUGCAGAGCUUGAUUUAUCUCGUACAUAUUGCAUGCAGCAGAAUGAUGAACUCACCAGAAAAGAGGAGGAGUUACAGAGAUUGCAGAACGAGCAUGUGGAAGGGAACAAGGAAGUCAAUAAAUUGAGGGACUGUCUGAGUCAGAAGGAGCAGUCGCAUUGCUCUGAGAUGCUGGGAAUUAGAGCCGAGGUCUCUAACCUGACUACAGAACUUAAUAAAAAAGAAAUCACCAUAGCAACUGUCACGGAGAAAGCUGCUUAUCUGGAAAAGCAACUCAAAACUGAGCUGGAGAAAAGAGAACAAAUAUUGGUGGAAUAUUGGGUGGCUAAAGAGCAGCUUGGAUGUCUUAAAGCAGAGAACCAACAGUUGAAGAAAACUUUGCAAGCUCUGGAGGGCAGACUACCAUUGAUAGAAGAUUAUCAAGUUAAGGAGAUGCAGAAUGCUUACAUGGCCUCUAUUAGUAAAUUGGGGAAUGAUAACAAACAGUUACGGAAAGACUUGGUCAAACUACGAGCAGAGCUGGAAAUGUCCUCCAAGGCUAGCCAGGAGAAGUAUGAGGCAGCUCUUCGUCAUACACAACAGGCUGUAUCAGAGAUGAAAGAACAUGAAGAUAGGCAAGUUAAGAAACUUCGCCAAGAAAAUGAACAACAAAUGUAUGCAAUGAAAAUCAAACUAGAUGAAACUAUCCAUCAUUACGAGGGAAAAAUUAGGAACCUUCAGAAGGACUACCGCAUUCAAAACAGCUUUCGAAAUUCUGUACCUGGAUUUGCAGGCAACAAAAGCAGAGAGUUUUCACCAGAAAGGAAGCCAAAUCCUACAAAACUACUGACAGCUAACAGCAUCUCUUCUUGGCAUAGCAAUGAUAGUGCAAGUGAGCCAUUUCCAGGUGUAAAUAUUCCUGCUAUUUCUCCAACCUACGUUCAUCCUGAGGAGAGUUUCCUGCCUCUGAAUCCCACAGAGAUGUCAGACAUUUCUUCAGUAACAGAGCAUUUCCUUAAAGAAGAAGAAGAUAGAGCUCGAGUGUUGGAGAAGCUGCUGAAUUCUCACAUUGAUGAACUGCAAACUGAUUCAAAGCGUACAGUGAAGAUGUAUGCUGGAGCUAAAGUAGAUAUGCCUGCUACUGCAGGUUUAUUAUGUAACCGUAAAUUUCAAGAAACCUGA